AGGAUGGUGACGGCAGAAAACCCGGAGGCUCCGGUUCCUCUGACAGCGCUCUCGCGCUGGUACCUCUACGCCAUCCACGGCUACUUCUGCGAGGUGAUGUUCACCGCCGCCUGGGAGUUCGUGGUCAACUGCAACUGGAAGUUCCCCGGCGUGACCAGCGUGUGGGCGCUCUUCAUCUACGGCACCUGCAUCCUCAUCGUGGAGCGCAUGUACCUGCGGCUGCGCGGCCGCUGCCCCGUGCUGCUGCGCUGCACCAUCUACACGCUGUGGACGUACCUGUGGGAGUUCGGCACGGGGCUGCUGCUGCGCCAGUUCGACGCCUGCCCCUGGGACUACUCCCAGUUCCGCUACAACUUCAUGGGGCUGAUCACGGCUGAGUACGCCGUGCCGUGGUUCUGCGCCUCCUUCAUCGUGGAGCGCCUGGUCAUCCGCAAGACCCUGCGGCUGCGCUUCCACGAGGGGCCCGAGGACGGGUGGUCCCAGCACCGGUCCGACGCCGGGGGCGGAGGAGGAGGAGGAGGCGGGAGGAGAAGAGGGGUGGAAAACAGCGCGAACGGCUACCUUAAAGUUGACUGAGUCGACAAAUAGAUGCAAAGACAAAAA